GCGGUGACCGGUGCCGCCAUGCUGUCCGUGGCCGCGCGCUCGGGGCCCUUCGCGCCCUACCUGUCCGCCGCCGCGCACGCCGUGCCCGGGCCGCUCCGCGCCAUCGCGUCGCCGGCGCCGCCCCGCCCCGGCCCCGCGCCGGCGGCCCCGCGCCGCGCCGCCCCGGCCGCCCGCGCCGCUCGCGGAGGCCUCGUUGCCGGCGCCGCCAUCAACGCACCUGCCAGCGUGCGCUUUGUCCAUAAUGAUGUGGUGGUACCUGACUUCUCUGCCUACCGCCGCCAAGACGUGCUAGAUGCCACCAGGUCUUCUCAAAGCAGCAGUGAAGAUAGAAAAGGGUUUUCCUACCUGCUGACUGCAACAACCUGCGUAACAACUGCAUAUGUUGCUAAGAAUGUUGUCACCCAGUUUAUUUCCAGCCUGAGUGCCUCUGCCGAUGUGCUAGCAUUGUCGAAGAUCGAGAUCAAGUUAUCCGACAUUCCAGAAGGCAAGAACAUGGCUUUCAAGUGGCGAGGGAAGCCCCUUUUUGUGCGCCACAGAACGCAGGCAGAGAUUACCCAGGAAGCUGAAGUUGAUCUGUCUCAACUGAGGGAUCCCCAGCACGACUUGGACCGAGUCAAGAAGCCGGAGUGGGUCAUACUGGUAGGAGUCUGCACUCAUCUCGGCUGUGUGCCCAUUGCUAACUCCGGGGAUUUUGGCGGCUACUACUGCCCCUGCCAUGGGUCCCACUACGAUGCCUCGGGCAGGAUCAGGAAAGGUCCCGCUCCCUACAACCUUGAGGUUCCGACUUACCAGUUUGUUGGGGAUGACAUGGUGAUUGUUGGCUGAACAUCAAGGGGCUUGCUCACAGUCCUGUGCAUGUCACUCAAAGGGUUAACAGAUUCUGGAAUACUGUAAAACCAGAUGAUCGUGACAAUGUUAGCUGUCUAGAUUCUCAACCAGAAGUAUGCUUGAAUACUUCUCUUUGUUCAAUGUUAAUAAAAACUUGGGAGUGAGCACUUGUCCCUGA